GAGUCUCUCUGUUCUUUUAUUUAAGUAUCGCUAAUCACUGCUAAAGGUUCCAAAGCGUAUCUUUCCUGCCAGAAGAAUGAUCGGCUUUCUCUCUACCAUUGGUGCCGCGGCACUCGGCGUCGUCCUGUUCAAGGUCCUAAGCUUUGUGAAGAUCAACUACAUGACCUCCUUGAACAUGAAGAAGAGGUACGGGAAGGCUGGUGACUGGGCCGUUGUCACGGGUGCCAGUGAGGGCAUCGGUCACGCCAUGGCCAUUGACCUUGGUCGCCGUGGCUUCAAUGUCUGCGUCAUCGCGCGCACGCAGUCGAAGCUUGACAGUGUCAUCGAAGAACUGAAGCAAAUUGGCGUGGAGGGCAAGGCUAUCCCGUUUGACUUUGCCUCUGCCACUCCUCAGAAUUACGACAAGUUGUUUGCUGAGCUGGACAAAAUUCAAAUUGCCGUGCUGAUCAAUAACGUCGGCGUGAACUACAGUUACACGAACUACUUCGAUGAGGUGGAUCUCGAGACGGACCUCCGCAUACUCAAGGUGAACUGCGAGGCGACCGUGCGCAUGACCAAGUACAUCGUCCCUAAAAUGAAGGCGAAGCGCAGCGGCGCCAUUGUGGUGAUGGGCUCCGUCUCUGCCGUUGUCCCUGCUCCUUUUCUCUGCACGUAUGCCGGCACCAAAGCCUUCAACGUCGCUUUUGGCUCUAGUCUCCACUAUGAGCUCAAGGAGUUUGGCAUUGAUGUCCUCGCCGUGUCGCCCAACAUGGUGGUAAGUAAGAUGACUCAAGGUGUCAGCACUCGUAAGCCGCGUGAGACGUUCCUCAUGGUGAACGCCGCUAAAAUGGCCCAUCAGACCCUCAACAAGCUUGGCUCUGUCCCGAAGACACCCGGCCACGUUAACCACGCCUUCCUGGAAGCGGUCAUGACUUCCCUUCCUGUCAACCUCGUGUCCAACAAGGUCCUCGCUCUUCACAAGAGCAUCAAGCGCAAGGCGGAGCGCAAGCGCGAGUAA